AUGCCAAUAUGUAUCGAGUGCCGGUAUCCAGUGAGCACACUCUACACAACAUACAGCAAAGCAGAUGAUAAGGCGCUUGGCAAGGGAGUGCGAUUGACACAAUGUCCGCGCUGUAAGCGCUUCGCGGACAAAUAUGUCGAGCAUGACUUUGUAGUGCUAUUCAUCGACUUGGUCUUGAUCAAGCCACAGGUCUACAGACAUCUCCUUUUCAACAGACUUGGACGUGAAGAUGGGAGAUUUGAUCAAUCGAUUGUCCGCCUGGGCAUUCUUCUACUCCUGUUCGACGUCUAUCUGACAUGGGCAAGAAUUGAGAAGGCCACUCCAGCAUCACCAGCACUUCCUCUAUCGCCACCUCCACCUCUACCUCCCAACUCAGACCCAGACAAUUCUAUCUUGGCUACCCAGCCCAUAUUGCUCCAGUAUCUCUUCUUCCUCGCUCUCUGCACCUUGGAGACAGUAUCUUUCCAUGCUCCGAUCAGGACUCUCUUGUCGACGGAAUUCCCGCGCCCGAUUUCAGCGCUGAUUCCACAUUACCCGCAUCCAGCUCUCAUCAGCACUGCGCUACUAGUCAGCAGUUUCACCAAGCUCUUUCCGCUCAUGCUACUUGUCUGGAACUACGAUCUUCCAAGCAGUGCUUCGGCAGUUUCCUGGGCUGUCAUCAUCAACAACAUCGCGGCAUUGGAGAUUUUGCUGGAUUGCGGCUAUGUGAGGGCGGCAUUACUGGCGGCCGUGGGCGCGGUGUGCAGGGCGGGUAUUGGAUGGGUG